AAGAACGUAGAACGUAGGGUAAACGAGGAAGGGAGAACGAGAACGGUUUGACAAGUCCUUGCUCGUACACGACAUACGACGACACGACAGACAUACGAUUCUCCCCAGUUUCUCUCGGAUUGAAACGAGCCUUAUUCACAGUUUAGGUGUGCAAACCUUGUUCCGUGGCAAGUAAAUGACAUAAGCAAAUGUUGGAACGAUAAGGAGGAGAAAGGGAAUUGAUGAUUAGAAAGCUGAGGAGCAUUCUACUCGGAAAGAUGAUGUGCCAUGAAUUAUUCAUCAGCAUAAUCCGGAGACCAUACACCUCGAACAUGGGAAUGCCAUGGAGAAAUUUCCAUUGAAAGGUACGGCAUUAGCAAACAACACAAUAUCCCAAAACAGUCAUCAUUCGUUGACUACUUACCAAUCGGUCGAUAGAAAGGUAGAGAACUCGGAUGAUGUGUACUUCGUAGGAGAUGUACGCUCGCGAAAACGAACAAUAGCGCGCGAUACUAAUUUAAGCAGCGACGACGACAUGCUCGAAGUCAGUAACGUGGGCUCUCACGGCGAAAACGCCGCUCUUUCCGAACACAUACGUAUCGACGAUGCUUCCUCACAUAUUUCAGUCGAUUCUGAUGACAUCCCUGGGAUCGGACAAUACGAUGACUUCCACACGAUCGAUUGGCAACGGGACAUCGCCCGAGAUCGUAUGCGUCACCGAUAUAUCGUGAAGAAAAAGCACGAUUCCAUUUGGGGUCUGAUCAAGGGAGCUCACGAUGCUUGGUCCGGAUGGCUCUGCGUUUUAUUGGUCGGUCUCUUUACCGGAGUCGCGGCAGGUAUCAUAGAUAUCGGGGCUUCCUGGAUGACCGAUUUAAAAUUCGGUAUAUGUCCACAAGCGUUUUGGUUGAACAAAGAACAGUGUUGUUGGAGUUACAAUGAGACGACUUUCGACGGUGGGAAUUGUUCGCAGUGGCGAACGUGGCCAGAAGUGUUCAAUCAGUCGAAAGACGGUGCGGGCCCUUACAUGAUCUCUUAUAUGUUUUACAUUGCUUGGGCCUUGCUAUUCGCUUCACUCUCCGCCUCCUUAGUAAGGAUGUUCGCUCCAUACGCGUGCGGUUCCGGUAUUCCUGAGAUAAAGACGAUUUUAAGUGGAUUUAUUAUUCGCGGAUACUUAGGGAAGUGGACAUUGAUAAUCAAGUCAGUAGGUCUGAUCCUGUCGGUCUCGGCGGGUUUGAAUUUAGGCAAGGAGGGGCCGAUGGUUCACAUAGCUUGUUGUAUAGGAAAUAUAUUUUCUUAUCUCUUUCCAAAGUACGGUAGAAACGAGGCAAAGAAAAGAGAAAUUUUGUCGGCCGCAGCCGCCGCCGGUGUCUCGGUCGCUUUCGGUGCUCCGAUCGGAGGUGUACUUUUCAGUCUCGAAGAGGUGAGCUACUACUUUCCGUUGAAAACGUUGUGGAGGUCGUUUUUCUGUGCCCUGAUAGCCGCCUUCAUUUUACGAUCUAUAAACCCGUUCGGUAACGAGCACUCGGUACUCUUCUACGUGGAAUACAGUAAACCUUGGAUAUUCUUUGAACUGAUACCGUUCGUCAUGCUUGGAAUAAUCGGGGGCGUGAUUGCCACUUUGUUCAUCAAAGCGAAUCUCUUUUGGUGCCGGUACCGGAAAACUUCGAAAUUGGGUCAAUACCCGGUCACAGAAGUUCUGAUAGUGACGGUCGCCACCGCCGUUAUCGGGUAUCCAAAUCCGUACACAAGAAUGAGUACGAGCCAACUAAUUUAUUUAUUAUUCAGACAAUGCGGCGUAUCGAACGCAGACAUUUUAUGCGAUUACAAUAGAAACUUCACCGCUGUCAAGUCAGCGAUCGAGGUAGCAGCGGCCGGGCCAGGAGUCUACAAAGCUAUAUGGCUUCUGGUGUUAGCGUUAAUUCUGAAACUCGUCAUGACGAUAUUCACGUUCGGCAUGAAAGUACCUUGCGGACUGUUCAUCCCUUCGCUCUGCCUGGGGGCGAUCAUGGGUCGGAUCGUCGGGAUCGGGAUGGAGCAGCUCGCGUACAAUUACCCGCACAUUUGGAUAUUCAGUGAGGCGUGUUCGACUGGGGUCGAUUGUAUAACACCCGGGUUGUACGCGAUGGUCGGCGCUGCGGCCGUUCUCGGCGGCGUGACGAGAAUGACGGUCUCCCUCGUUGUGAUAAUGUUCGAACUGACCGGAGGAGUACGAUACAUCGUGCCGUUGAUGGCCGCUGCCAUGGCGAGCAAAUGGGUCGGCGAUGCCCUCGGGAAGCAGGGGAUUUACGAUGCCCACAUCGGCUUGAACGGGUACCCAUUCCUCGACAGCAAGGACGAGUUCCAACACACCACUCUCGCCGCUGACGUCAUGCAACCCAAGCGAAACGAAGCUCUUCACGUGCUCACUCAAGACUCGAUGACCGUCGAAGACGUCGAGAAUCUGUUGAAGGAAACGGAACACAACGGGUUCCCAGUCAUAGUCUCGAAACAGUCGCAGUACCUCGUCGGUUUCGUCCUACGCAGAGAUCUGAAUCUGGCGAUCGCCAACGCUAAACGUAUGUCGGACGAAAUUACCGGGCAAUCAUUGGUCCUGUUCACGAACGGAAACAACGUUCAAGCUCAUUCCCCACCGCCGUUGAAGUUGAAAAAGAUUCUCGAUAUGGCCCCGAUAACGAUCACCGAUCAAACGCCAAUGGAGACAGUCGUCGAUAUGUUCAGGAAGUUAGGGCUGAGGCAAACGCUCGUUACGCAUAAUGGCCGAUUACUGGGAGUUAUUACGAAGAAGGACGUAUUGAGACACGUGAAACAACUUGACAACGAAGAUCCUAAUUCUGUACUGUUUAAUUAAAAGAUUUAUAUAAAAAUAUAUAUAUAUAUAUGCAUAUACAUACGUAUGAGAGAUACACGAUGUUUUAUCAUGCGUAGUAUCGACCGAAACAGUUAGACAUACAUACCAGCAAUAUGAUUUUUAAUCUCCACUUCUGUUAGAUAAUUUCCAUUCUGAAUAUGCGCGAGCAGGAAGAUUGUACCAGCGCUUAAUACUCAAUCUUAAUUUUUAUCUACGUUCAUAGAAUCUAAUUAUUACACGAUGAUAGUAUGUAAAGCGUUGUCCACAUCACAUUAAACACACGUUAUACACGAAUUUUUAUCCAAACGGAUUUUUAUAGCUGGGUAUCGUAGAUCGAAGAACAUUUUAACACACGAGCGAGCGUGUUACAUGCGUAGGACGGUGCGUAAGCGCGUAUCAUGCGUACAUCUGAUAGUCGACGAUUCGUAAGAAAUUAAGCAUUGAAAGUAACAGAAAUUUUAUUUCGUCUGUAACGUUACGUUGUAAUCAGGAUCUAGUUUCGUCGUACAACUGUACAACAAAAAAAUUGCCGGAGUGACUUAAGUUCAAGUGAAACAGUGAGAAGAGGAAAGCAUUUUGAAAUUCAAGUAAAGAUCGAUGUGAAAUGUAAAACUUUAAGAAGUUCCAUCCUAUACGCAGCACGUAUCAAAUGUUUGCGUCUACGAUCCACGACCGCGAGUGUCCAAUCCCAAUAUACAUAUGUACAUAUAUAUAUGGUCUAUAUGCAAACGUAUUACGCGAUGCGUCGACGUGUGUAAACGUGCAUACCUGCGCGUUCGCGGUAUGUGAAAAAAAAAAAAACAAGAAAUUAAUCCAAAAUAUUAACAUGUAAAUAUUAUUUACAGUAAACUCGUGAAGCGAAGUA